UGGAGAAGAAGCAACAACAAGGAAAGGUCAAAGUCAAGCACAACUCAUGACUAUGUGUGGCCAUAACACUAAUGGCUGUCCCCUCAAUUUUGAUCAAUAUAAUCAGAAAGUGAGGCCUGGCCUGGUGCUUCUUCCUCCUCUAACAAGGGUUCCCUUUCGAAUUUGUUUCUUCAAUUCAAGUUCAAAAUUAUGUCUUGAACUCGACUUAAAUCUGUGACUCUGUUAGUGGCUAUGGCAGAUCGAGAUCGCACACCGACCCUACUUCUAUCCCUCACGAUCAUGCUGCUCUCCCUGGUGGGGAGCUCUCUCGCUGACGGAAUCGCCAUUUAUUGGGGUCAGAACGGAAACGAAGGCACUUUAACAAACACUUGCGGGGCAGGAAAUUAUGGUUUCGUCAAUAUAGCUUUUCUCAACAUUUUCGGUUACGGCCAGACCCCUCAGAUCAACCUCGCCGGUCACUGCAACCCCUCCUCCGGUGGCUGCGCCGUGGUUAGCGACGGCAUAAGAUACUGCCAAAACAGAGGAAUCAAGGUUAUUCUCUCAAUCGGAGGAGGCGUCGGUAAUUACUCCCUCUCAUCCCUUGCAGAUGCCAAGUACGUCGCCGACUACCUCUGGAACAACUUCCUGGGCGGCAAUUCAUCGUCGAGCCCACUCGGUGAUGCUGUUCUGGACGGCAUAGAUUUCGACAUCGAGAGCGGAUCGACUCAGUAUUGGGACGAUCUCGCGAGGUAUCUCUCUGGGUACAGCAAGAAGGGGAAGAAGGUGUACUUGACGGCGGCUCCCCAAUGCCCCUACCCUGAUAGUUAUCUGGGUAGUGCACUUAACACAGGGCUUUUCGAUUAUGUUUGGGUUCAGUUCUAUAAUAAUCCUUCUUGCGAGUACAGCUCAGGGAAUGUUAACAAUCUACUGAGUUCUUGGAAGCAAUGGACAUCGUCUGUGCCGGCGACCAAGAUAUUGAUGGGGUUACCGGCGGCUUCAGAGGCGGCAGGAAGUGGGUUCAUUCCUGCAAAUGUAUUGAAUUCUCAGAUACUCCCAGUGAUCAAGACUUCCCCCAAGUAUGGAGGUGUGAUGCUGUGGAAUAAGUAUUAUGAUAAUCAGAGUGGGUAUAGUUCUUCCAUUAAGAACAGUGUUCAUGGCAGAGUAGAAGAUGUGAAUUGUUUAGGUCUGAGCAUUCGUAUCAAACUCCCACAGCAGCAACCGUUGGCAUUAUGAAAUCCAAUUGAGUAUGGAAUACUUUGCCCAAUCUAAAUAGAAUAAAACUGGAAUUUUCUAUCUUGUUAUUACGCCAUUUGCUCUUUCUGGGAGUUGUAAAACAUAAGAAGCUUGUUCAGGUUUAUGGUCGACCUCAAAGUGCACACCAGGUGUUUGUGUUAUUGUCCGUGAAUAGUUUGUUAGAUUCAAUCAUUUACCUUUCAUUUGUGUGAAUUA